AUGGUGCCUUGCAAUCCGGGCAGCCUCGGGCAUCCGUCCCUCUGCACCCGCCCCUGCAUCUACGUGGCGAAGAACGGUGCGUGUCAUGUGGAAGGCUGCAAUUUCUGCCACAUGAUUCACGAUGUACCGGUCAUGAAGCUGAACCAGAGGCAGCGCUACGUCUUGCAGAAGCUCGAUGUGAAGGAGAAGUUGGACGUGAUCCUCGCAGCUGUUCGUGCAGGCCUUGACCGGGAAGGUCUCACACACGAGGCUGGCCGUUUGCUCCAGCUUCUGGAGGAAGAGGCUUCGAAUCAUGCCGAGCAUGGCCUCCUACGAAGCCACAAGAAACAGGUCUACGACCUGCGCAAAGCCCUGAUGCGCAUGAGCUUGGCUGACAGCAUCAAGAGCUUCGAGGAUGUUCUUCCGAAUCAAGUGCUGGAGUCAUUCCAGGACCUGCGUCAAAGGUAUCAGGCCAAAGCCCCUCGCAAUCAGUCACGGCGGUUUUGUUCCUGA